GGAGGAGCCGGCUGUCGCUCGGCGGGGCGGGCCCGGUGGCCCAGGGAACGAGCUUCCGGCAGCUCCCGCGGCCCGGAGUCCGUCCCUCCUCCUCCGGCCCGGCGGGCCCGACGAGUCCCUGAGGGGCUGUGGCGGGAGGUUUCCCCAGAUGCCAAGGCGGCCCCCCACGGCCCCCCGGAAGACCGCCACCGUGCACCCCGGCCAUGGCGUCUGCGGCGGCGCCCGUCACGUUCAGGGAGUUCUGCCCCUUGCACUACCUCCUCAGCGCCAUCCCCGCGAAGGUGCAGAAGGGCUUCCGCUCCGUGGCGGUGCGCCUGACGGCCCUGGACGCCAGCCGGGACUACAUCGCCGUGGGCAGCAGCACCGGCAUGCUCUACCUGUACUGCCGGCGCCUGGGCCGCAUGAGGAGGCACAGCUUCGAGGGAAAGAUGGAGUCCAUCACCGUGGUGAAGCUGCUGAGCUGCUUCGAUGACCUGGUGGCCGCGGGCACCACCUCCGGGAGGGUGGCCAUCUUCCAACUGGUGUCCGCACUGCCCGGGAGGAACAAGCAGCUGCGCAGGUUCGACGUCGCCGGCAUCCACCGAAGCAGCAUCACGGCUCUGGCCUGGAGCCCCAACGGCAUGAAGCUGUUCUCCGGAGACGGCAGGGGGAAGGUCGUCUACUCUUCCCUGGACCUGGACCAGGGCGCCUGCAGCUCCCACCUGGUGCUGGAAGAGCCGUCCUCGAUCGUGCAGCUGGACUACAGCCAGAAAGUGCUGCUGGUGUCCACCCUGCAGCGCAGCCUGCUGUUUUACACCGAAGAGCAGUCCGUGCGGCAGGUCGGAGCCCAGCCAAGGAAAAGCGCUGGGAGGUUCGGCGCCUGCUUCAUACCGGGGCUCUGUAAGCAGAGCGACCUCACCCUGUAUGCGUCACGGCCGGGGCUCCGGCUGUGGAAGGCCGACGUCCACGGGACCGUGCAAGCCACGUUCAUCCUGAAGGACGCCUUCGCCGCGGGAGCCACGCCCUUCGAGCUGUACCCGCGACUGGAGCCCUUCGACGGCGGCGGUGGCUGCACCCCCGAGAAACGCCUGGGGCUCGUGUCGUGUUUCUUCCAAGAAGGCUGGGUGCUGAGCUGGAAUGAAUACAGUGUUUACCUUCUAGACACCGUCAACCAGGCCACAAUCGCCGGCUUGGAAGGAUCAGGUGAUAUCGUGUCUGUCUCCUGCACAGAAGACGAAAUAUUCCUCCUGAAGGGAGACAGGAACAUCAUAAGGAUCUCGAGCAGGCCGGAAGGACUGGCGUCAGUAGCGCGAGACGGUCCGGAGACACCAGGAUGCGCGGAGCAAGUCCCCGCACAGCGUGCAGAGAGGCCGCCGCCGGGGGCCGCGGCCGGCGAGGCGAGGCUCAGAGGCGCCUCCGUGGCCAGCUCCGCGGCCAGCGAGCCCAGGAGCAGGAGCAGCUCGCUCAAUUCCACGGACAGCGGCUCUGGGCCCCAGGCGGCCGCGGAGCUCGGCGGGGGCAGCCCGCCCACCUCCCAGAGGUUCAGUGUCAUCAGCUCGGAGGACUUUGACCAGGAGCUCGUGGUGAAGCCUCUCAAAGUGAGGAAGAAGAAGAGGAAGAAGAGGGCAGAAGGCGGGGGCAGUGACACCUGGCCCAGCUCCCUGGAGUCGACUCCCUGCGGCGAGUGUCCCGGCGACAGCCCCCAGGCCUUGAGCGCAGACCUGCCGUCUGCGACCUCGAGUCUGGGCCAGCUGAGCACCGAGUCCCCCGACCUGGAGAGCAACCUCAGCGCGGACGUGAACGGUGUCCUGCAGGACAGUAGUGACCCGGAAGCGUUUAGUGUCCUGGAGUUGCCUGAGCCCGGCCCUGACGUGCUCAGUAAAGACGACACCAGACUGGAAACCCCGCGGUGGGACCAGGCAGGCGAGAUGGAGCCCCACGGUGAGGUGCUGAGUUUGCCGCUGCGGCCGAGGGAAGACGCGGAGGGUGGUGGCGUCGCAGCACCCAAGGAGGAGCCUUGUCCUGCGGACGACGGACCCAGUAGCAGGCGGUCGCCUGGCCCAGAACAGGAUAGCUCUGCUGAGGCCCCGGAGGAGGGGGGCCUGGAGCCUGAGCCCCCCCGAAGCACGCUGUGUGAGGCCCCCCCCCUGGACUUGCCCCCAGCGCCCUCCAGCCUCAGCUGGGCUCCCGGCGCCGAGGGGUGGCCGCUGGAGCCCGGGGCCGCCCGGGGCCGCGCCGAGGAGACCGGCCGAGAGCAGGGCCUCCUGCUGCACGCGGAGGCUGCUGGCCGCCUGGGCUCCGGGCCCUGGCGCGAGGCUGUUGGCAGUGACACGGGCCAGAGCGCGGGGGCUGCGUCCGAGUGUGACUUGGGGAGCGGGGGCGGGCGAGGAACGGCCCCAGCCUCUGCCUUGGCGGCCAGCACCCGUGAGCCUCGCCCCGAGCACCCUUGGCGAGACCAGGCGCUGACGUCCAGCGACGAGGAGGACAUCUACGGCCGUGGGCUGCCCUCCUCGUCCUCGGAGACCAGCGUGGCGGAGCUCGGGGGCAGCCGCUCCCUGCAGGACCCGGGCCAGCCGGCCCCGGAGGACGCCGGGCUGCUGAAGGCCGACCAGUUUGCAGAGAGCUGGAUGGGCUACUCUGGCCCCGGCCACGGCAUCCUCAGCCUGGUGGUCUCCGAGAAGUACAUCUGGUGCCUGGACUACAAGGGCGGCCUCUUCUGCAGCGCCUUGCCGGGCGCCGGGCUGCGCUGGCAGAAGUUUGAAGAUGCCGUCCAGCAGGUGGCGGUCUCGCCCUCAGGGGCCCUCCUCUGGAAGAUCGAGCAGAAGUCGAACCGAGCCUUCGCGUGUGGCAAAGUGACCAUCAAGGGCAAGCGGCACUGGUACGAGGCGCUGCCCCAGGCCGUGUUCGUGGCGCUGAGUGACGACACCGCCUGGGUCAUCAGGACCAACGGAGACCUGUACCUGCAGACAGGUCUCAGCGUGGACCGCCCCUGCGCCAGGGCCGUGAGGGUCGACUGCCCGUGCCCGCUGUCCCAGGUGGUGGCCCGCGACGGCGUGGUGUGGGCGCUGACCGAGCAGAGGGCCCUGCUGUACCGCGAGGGCGUGAGCAGCUUCUGCCCCGAAGGGGAGCAGUGGAAGUGCGACAUCGUCAGUGAACGGCAGGCUCUGGAGCCCGUCUGCAUAGCCCUCGGGGACCAGCAGACUCUGUGGGCGCUGGACAUCCACGGGAGCCUGUGGUUCCGGACCGGCAUCGUGCCCAAGAGGCCCCAGGGGGACGACGAGCACUGGUGGCAGGUGAGCAUCACCGACUACGUGGUGUUCGACCAGUGCAGCCUGUUCCAGACCAUAAUGCACGCCACCCACUCCGUGGCCACGGCGGCCCAGGCGCCCGUGGAAAAGGUGGCAGACAGAUUGCGCACGGCGUUCUGGUCGCAGCAGCUGCAGUGCCAGCCCAGCCUGCUGGGGGUCAACAACAGCGGCGUCUGGAUCUCCUCAGGCAAGAACGAGCUGCACGUCGCCAAAGGAAGUCUCGUCGGCACCUACUGGAACAGCGUGGUUCCCCGCGGCACAGCCUCUGCGACGAGAUGGGCCUUCGUGCUGGCCUCUGCUUCGCCCACCAAGGAAGGCAGCGCCCUGUGGCUGUGCCAGGGCAGCAAGGACCUGUGCAGCGUCAGCGCCCAGCACCCCGAGUCCCGCCCGUCCACGCUGCAGCUGCCGCCCGACGCCGAGAUGAGGGCCUACGCCGCCUGCCAGGACGCUCUGUGGGCGCUGGACAGCCUGGGCCAGGUGUUCAUCAGGACGCUGUCCAGGAGCUGCCCCACCGGCAUGCACUGGACGCGGCUGGACCUGUCCCAGCUAGGAGCCGUGAGGCUGACAGGCCUGGCGUGUGGGAGCCAACACGUGUGGGCCUGCGACUCCAGGGGAGGCGUGUACUUCCGCGUGGGGACCCAGCCUCUGAACCCCAACCUCAUGCUCCCGGCCUGGAUAACGAUCGAGCCGCCCAUCCAGCCUGCAGGGCUCACCUUGGUCAGCGUCCACUGCAGCCCCAACGACCAGAUGCUGUGGGCGCUGGACAGCAGGUGCAACGUGCACGUCCGCGUGGGCAUCACCGAGGAGAUGCCGGUGGGCACCGACUGGGAGCACGUGCCAGGGCUGCAGGCCUGCCAGCUGGCGCUCAGCGGCCGGACCGUGUGGGCCCGCUGCCCCAACGGCGACCUCGCCCGGCGCUACGGCGUCACCGACAAAAACCCCGCCGGAGACUACUGGAAGAAGGUCCCCGGGAGUGCGACGUGUCUCACAGUGACCUCAUCAGACGAGCUGUGGGCAGUCGGCCCCCCCGGCUACCUCCUCCAGCGGCUGACGAGGACGUUCAGCCACUCGCACGGCGCCCAGCGCGGCCCGGCCGCCGCCGCACACCCCGAGGACCUGGAGGACGAGUGGGAGGUCAUCUGAAGGCGCGGCGGCGGCGGGGCCGCCCGGGGCGGAGGCGGCGGGACGGGCACAGCUCCCUCUCAGACAUGCCCCGUCGGCUCGGGCCCAGACACGUCCGGCCUCGGGGGACGCCCACACUCACUUUCAUCCGUGUUCGCGUCCGGCUCGU